AUGCUGUACAAGGUUGUGGAUGACAUUCUGAAACGUGACCAUUCAGAUGAGUCAGCGCAACUGAACUACCUUCCUGUAAGUAAUACAUUUUUUGCUGGGCAAGGAGUUCAACUUUAGAGUCUGCGGAUGGCAUUUAAAGUUCUAAUAUGUGUUGCACAUCUUUAGCUGUACCGCUUUCAACCGUUCAACUGUUUAUUGAUUAUAGUAAAUUUUACAGAAAGCAAUAUCCACUGCCCGCAGUUAACAGAUUUAAGCUACAAUUGUAGUCGAGGCGAACUGUGGUUACACGUAUGUCAUAUAUAUAUAUAUAUAUAUAUAUAUAUAUACAAAUAGCUCACAAGAAAGGCUAGAGUAAAACAGUAAAAUAUGUGAAAUAAAUUAAUAAAAAUAAAUUCAACUCAGUUAAGUUUACAAUCAUGUACAUUGCAAAUAUAAAGAAGCCAAGUUUUCAUGAACUGUUUGUUAUUAAGGCGGGUAAAUCAAUAUUAAUAAUCAUUUUCUUCUAAAAGUAUUCGGAGUAAAGUGUCGUGGACAUUGAUUUUAAAGUUAUUUUUGGACAUUUGACACAUUUCACAAGGUAAACUAUUCCAGAUUUUUACCACAUCCUGAAAAAGACUUUGUUUGUUUGUCUAGCUAUCUUUCAGUGUUUAACAUAAUAGUCACCUCUUGAAGGUGAUCUUGUAUUAUAUGGAUGAAUAUUAGAUUGGGAAGCAAGUUAGAUAUGUUAGUAGGUGUUAAGCUGUUAGAAUUAUCAUGGCUUAGAAUAGCAACGGAUUUAAAGUAGAGUAGAUCUAAGGGAAUAAAGCUAGAGGCGAUGAAAUAAGGUUAAAUAAGGUACUGCAUGAGAAUUGUAGUAACCAAAGAACAUGAGGCGGAGGGCGCGUUUUUGAAGAAAAAGAAUUUUGUUUUUGUAAGUUUUAGCAUCUUGGCCCCAAGCGACUGUGCCAUACAAUAAGUAGGGCUGGAUAAGAGAUAUGUAUAUGUGAUGUAAAGUUUUCAGGGGUACAAAGUGUCUAAGGCUGGCAAUAAUGCUAAUGUUUUACUUUUUUUUGGAGCGAUGUGGGCGAUAUGGUAUUUCCGUCAUUCAGUUCUGAGACUGCUCCAGUCAGGUCAAGUUGGGACAGUUCGUUUAGGGAUUUUGUCUCUGGAUAAUUAAAGAAGUCACGGAACAGCAUUUUUUUUACUUUAGAGGUAAUUUGAAGAUUUAAGAAUACAGAAUUGAGAAAAGUGAUCAGUUAACUGAGAUUAUAUUACCGCUUGUUAUGUUAUCUUCUAGAUUGCUAGCUAAUAUGUUGUCAAUAUGUGAAUAUGAGUUAUGAUGUACUCUCGUUGGUUUUUAAUUGUCAAUUGUUGGGGUUAAGUUGAAGCUUUGGAAGGAUAAGAUAAAGUUUUGCGCGUAUUUGCAAACAUGAAAGCGAAGGAGAUAGGAGAUUAAUAUCAAAAUCCCCUUCAAAAAGAUCCCUGCUUGCCAGAGGCGCUGAGUUUUUCGUUUGUUCGAUCAAAAUAUUCCUGAAAACGCUCUGGGGAAUUAUGCUGCCUAUAAACAACUCGGCAUAUUAUAUUUGCAUGUUUGGGUGGGUGUAACUCAACCCAAAGGGCCUGAAAAGCCUCAUUAUAACAUUUUCGAUAAUUGUGUAUUUAAGAUUCUCAUCCAUAUACGUGCGAACACUCCAGCCGAAAGAGGUGUUGGCACAUGUUCGAAGUUAUAGUGGGGUAUAUCAGGAUAAAAAACCAGAUUAUUACACGCAUUUUUUAUUCUAGUUUCUGUGAUACCUAAAAUAUUGAAGCAAAAACUAAUUUCAUCUAAUAGAUGGGUUUGGAAAUUUUCCAUAUUACGUUUUAAGCUUCGGAUGUAAAGUAUGAAAAAAUGAAAAACUAGAAUUUGAAUAAGAAGACAUAUUUAAAUGUACCUAGCGGUCGGAAUAUAGGCGCUGAGGUCGUCAGAUUUCUUGCCCAAAAACACUAUUUAGAGUGAAUAAAUCUAGAUCGUGAAAGCUUGGUAAGCGAUCAAGAUAUUUUUUGGUGGGAACACAAGCAUGGAGACUGUUAUUGAGCUGACCAUGAGAGGAUAUGAGAUCGCAAGAAUAAUAAGGGAGCUCUCGUAGGAGAGCUUUGUUUACCGUUUGAUUCACAGCUUAUCGUAGUCCUUAAAUAUAAUCUCUUAACUUGUUUAUCCGUGGCGGGCAGCAAAAUUGUCCUUGUCCAGUUAUUAAGCAGAAAGUAAUUUAAAAGUAGUUUAGUAUUAAAGCUGAUUUUAGGCCUUCAUGUUAUUAAACCUGGAUUAGAAGGUUUACAAAAUAGAAGGCAUUGAAUCAGCAUUGAUUUUGGUGGUCUGGACACAAGCCUAUCAGAUCAUAAUAUAAUCGCUGCGAUCGCUGAGUUUUCCGUUCAGUUAACAAUCCACAAUAUUUAUGAGACGAUCAGUAAUGUAGCUGUAGGUAGAGAGAAUAUCAAGGGAUAGAAACUAGCGGGAUUAAGCCAUGUCUGCGAGCACAGUAAUACUAGCUCCCCUAAAUAACAGUAAUAUGUAUAGUUACAUACAAUGGCGCUGUUUAUUUUUAAAAGGGUGUAUACAUAGCUAUGCUUUAUUCAAAGAGGUCAAGGUUUACAUUGGUGUUGUUUAUCGCGUACAGUGCUGCGGCGCUUAAAGUGCACACCCCCUACAAAAAUUCUGGCCCUAAAUGACCACUAAAGAAAUGAGCCGUUUUUAUAAGUUGGUGGAUAAAUCUUCAGGCUUCUUUACGCAAUUGCAUACAUUCCGUUCACUGCGACGAUCAAUUCUUCAUUCGCAUUUUCGGUUCUGUUUAUUACGCUGUGUUAAGUUCUACUGUUUUGACGUUUGAUCAGCCGUUAAGGAGAUUCUUAAAGGCAACUCUGAUCUCUAGUUGUAUAUACAUCGCUUUUUGACAAAAUGUGCACUGUGCUCUUGAAGAUUUUUUAUUAAACCCGAGUAAAACAGGAAGGUCUUGCAGCUUUUCACGGAGGAAAAUUUCAAGAAAAAACUCGGGGACCAGGGUACGCAAAAAUUGGUGCAGUAGAAUCCUUUUCCGUUUAAUUUAUCACUGGAGACUAGGAAAUCCGAUUACUAAACUCCCACCUUGAAAUGAUGCGUGGAAAAUUUUCAAAAAUUCCUGUUAUUUUCGAUGUCGGAAAAGAUUUUUGACUGCUGGAAGCAAGUUUUAUUUAAGCCGGUACUGCUUUUUCAGCAGAUGCAAAAAGGAAGUGGACCGUCUACUUUGAGUUCCUUGGUUAGCAUCAGAUUCCUGCUUCCUAUUCAGUUGUGUUCCCUAGUUUAUCUCGUAAGCAGAUGCAGAUUUGCCCUCAGAUUAUUUAUAAGGACAAGCACGUUUGUAGAAACAUCAGGCUGGCAGGAAAUCUAAAUGUUUUUUCCUCUGGCUUACUUAGACCUUCAAAUGUUUUUGCGCGGGGUCAAGAAGACAUCUCUCUCCCGUAGCGUCCGGCCUGGAGAAACCACUGCUCGCAGGGUAGAAGACAUCCUUCUACACCAAUAUUUUGAUAUGCAACAUAUCUGCAACAUAUCAUACUCGAUCUUCUGUAGUCUAUGGGGUGCGCUGUUUUACUUCUUCUUAGGCUGGGACUAAGCAACUAAUAUUCCGGGCCAUGCCAAACCAAGUGUCUUCAAAGUUAUGUUAAGUCUCUGAUAUGAAUUUCUUGGUCUGGUAACUACAUGGCAAGUAUAACUAGACAUUACCAACCUGACUUGGAAUAAAAAUACCAAAAUUCAUAAAAGGACAAGAAUCACGCGCAAACGUUUUAUCUUUUAAUGUAUUUUAUCUUGUAACUUUGGCUUGUUUUUUCUGUAAUUCUUAUUUAUCCACAUAGUUUAUUUAGUUUCUUUACAAUAUUAUCUGUUAUGACUGCUGUAGCCUUUCCUCUCCGCCCGCCUCGUCUAGCGUUUGCUUUUUGCGGGCGGAGAUGGCAAAAUGAUGUGUAUGAAAUAAAGUAUAGCAUGUGUGUGUUGUACUAAUAUCAAUCUUAUUAAGGCGAAGAACUGCUGAAAAUUUAAAUCAUUGGGUGUUUUGAAAGAAAGGCGGUAAGAAACUUUAGCGCAGUCUAGCUCUCCAAAACAAAGGCAUAAUUUAGCCAUGAUAGAAGCAAAUAACAAAAACUAAAAUGGGCAUUAAUUAAAUUUCUUAUUCGACUUUAUCCCUCAAAUAUUUUUUUCUGUUUCUCCCUUUUCGGAUGUGUGCUUUCGUGCCAGUCCUUCGCAGUUUCUCAGUCUAUUGUACCGAACGGUGCGCUGUGUCGAAAUGGACAUUGUGGAGUGAGUUUACAAGAUACGGAAACACGUCCUGGGGAUAAAAGAGUUAAAAAAAAAAAAAAAAAUUGUUUUCUGUUCGCUUCUCGAAAUGUUUACAUUAAAUGGCUCAAUGCGUGUUUGUGCGGUAUUUUAUUUGUACAGUAAUAUUAUACGGAAAUCCAGAAUAGACUUUGUUCUAUAGACUUUCCGGCCAUCAGCCACAACUGACUUCCCAUGAGAGGUUUUAGGAGCUAUUUAACCUCUAUGUUUAGCUUACGGCUUCCUAAUAUGCGACAACUAGACUUCGUCUCAGAAGGUCGGCUAUCAUAAUCAAUAUAAAUAGAGUGGCCCCGUCUCAAGUAUUCAUUGUUAUAAUGACCCUAGCCCUGAGGGGAACUGGUAACAAUGGACUUCCUAAAACGUGUAUUUUCACGUUGCUAAGACAAGGAAUUUUAAUGACACCCGAACUGAGAAAAUAAAUUCAAAAUCUACUGCUGCUGCACGUUACUAAGGCAAGGAAUUUUAAUGACACCCGAAAUGAGACAAUAAAUUUAAAAUGUGCUGCUGCAAACACAUUAUAGUGCUAAACGGAUAAAGCGCGCGCGAUAAAGCCCGAUUGUUUGAAUGGGGAAGUGUGUUUCUCAUUUACAAACAUUUGAUUAGUGGUAUGAUUUACUUAAAGGCCGUAUAAUGAGUAUGACCUUGACCGUACCAACUGAUCAAUGUCAGCCUCACUAUCGUUUGCGUUGUAAUUUUUGAAAUAGAUUUGUAAACAGUUUUUAAAAAAUGUUACCAUCAGUAUCUUUAUCGGUCACUUUACAAGCAACUACAGCUAGGUUUUUUAUUCCUUCUUCCAGAUUCUUAAGCACGAUUUAAAAAUGUCUGCAACAAGCACAAAUUAAAAAAAUUCUGUAAUUAAGUCAAAGGGGCUUGCAAGGGCUUUGUCACGCUAAUUCCUAUCUUUAACUUUUUAAACGAGUCUUCGCAUCAAUCAAAUUCCGAAAAUUUGCAGUUAUGUUAUUGAUGACUAUAUUUAGGCAUCGAAACUCGUUUCUGUCGUCUGUUGCUACGGAUAGCAAUUAGGAAGUGGUCCAACGUUUCCAGGCACGUUUUAAUACUACGCAAAAAUCUUCAAAAUAAUUGUUAUGGUCCGUGCUCCCUGACAUUUUUAUUCCCUAAGCAACCAUUUUGCCCUAAAUGAAAAUUAAGUGUUACGUUGGCUUAGGGAAGGGUGUGUGGGCAGUUCCCCAGAAACGUAUGAUGGUUCAUUUGUUUCAUAUCUUCGUCAUAACCACAAAGGAGCAUUUUUUGUGUGGGUAAAGGUGCUAAGUAAUCAGAAUUGAAGUAAACAGCAAUAUCUUCGUGCCACUUUUUUUUUGUUCGAAAGUAGCAAUGACAUUAAUUCAAGGGCACUUAGAGAUAAACAUGUAGGACCAUUUUUAAAAUUGCCCGUAACGCGGACACUUAGUAUUUUUCUUCAGCUCGUGAUUUACAAGCUUUUCGAGUGUUCUCCCAACGUAACAAGUGGGUUAUCACGACGGUAAACCCAUAGAAAGUGUGGUCUGUUGCUUUUAUAAAAUAACUUGUAGUAAAAGUAUGAGUUUACCGGCACAAUAAACCAUAGGUUUUUAACCAAUCAGAACGCGCGUAUUAUCUUAGUUAUUUUAUAAAUAGUUAUAAACAAUGAAAGGGGGCUAGGUCACGCGAAUAUUGCUGUAAAGUUUUAUGUCAAUUCUGUGCUGAAGUUAUUGUUUACACCCAUAAACAAAAUCAGUGGCUAAAUGCACUUUGAGAGACGUGAAGAAGGUAUAGAUAUCAAACAAAUUUCAUCAGUGAGUCCCAUGAUCCUUGUCACCUGUAGCCACAGACCAGGGGAAAACGUUUCUUUGUUUGAGUAUAGUCUUACAUAACAAAACUGGACCAAUUAUUUGGAAUUUAAUUCAUGUGAGACUUAAAAGAUAGCCAAAAGCGUGUCGUUGCCCCUAUUAAGGAACGACAUGCGUUGUCUAGAAAACUUUCCUCAACACAUCCCACACACUUCCAGUGCCAAUUGAAAAAAAAGUUGGAUCUUCUAUCGUAUAUCUUUUGUCUCUAGUACGACGCACGGUUCUAUUCUUUGAUAUCUAAUAUAAGACACGUGUUAUCUUAAGAAACGCGAUUGUUAAUCGAUUUUGAAAAACACCCUGAGGCUGCAUAGUCAAGCGAAACAGUUGAAAGCUACAGAGAAAGCCGUAAGUUCGUCUGGUUAUCAAGUUCAUUCGCAAACUUUUAACGUGAUUAUUAUUGCUAGAAAAAAAAAGAUGAUUAAAGUGGUCAAUUGAGCUGUUACUGUAAUUGGGGCUAGAAAUUGAGGAGGAGUUAAAAAUACUAACCCUUAACGGGUAAUAAAGAAAUUAAAAUUUUCGAAACAUUAACGCCGGUUGCCAUAGUAAAAAAAAUUGUACUAACCAAAAUGCUGAGUUAUGAAUCGCCAGAAUAUAAAAUUAGUAUACUUUUGCAACGAUCCCUGUGCUUUUUUCUUUACAAAUGUUGCCCUUCAGUAGUAUUGUCUUUUAUUGAUUAUGAGCGACAUUAAAAUGUAUUUAAAUUAUUUUGAUCCAACGUAUUUUUUGAAAAUAUUAAUAAUGAUAGAAAAUUAUAAAACAUUUUAGUAUUAAUGCUCUCUUAUUUAUCUUGAGAGGAUGUUAUAACACAGUAGAAUGCUUGCGAUUGGACAAUUAAACAACAAAAAAUAAAGGAACUCAAUUCUUUCAAAAAUUGUCAUCCGGAACUCUUAGAACUUCCCUGCUUUGUUUUCUUCCUAUGAUUAACAUAAAGUUCUUCCGUUCUGCUUUUUAUAGUUGUCACGAAAUAACCAGACACUAUGUCACGCUAUUGACGUCAACUUAACAUACUUUACGUUGUAUCAAAAUGCAAACAGCUUUUAGCUUUGUAGAUUUUUUUACCCGUGUAAUGCGAAAUUUGGUGCCGCUCAAUAAUAAAACGAAUAAAACACAAUUUUUAUCAGCAGCAUCAUACUUGACUUGAUAAAAUCAUGGAUGAUAUAGCAUCAUUCAUAACCGAGUCCGGUCGGUCGAAUGCGUAUUAGCAAGAUACAUAAAAAGUUUCCUUCCUUCUAGGCUUCUUCUACAUGUUAAACUCUCUGUUUUCGGUUCAAAAGAUUCUAGCUACAAGUAUAAAAGGAAUAAAAGUUACAAGUAAUGGUUUGAUAAGGAGUGUUUCGAUCGAAGGAUCUAGGUAUUGCCAGUCAUGUACAAGUUUACUUAGCGUGACAAAAUAGUAUGCUAACGUCAUCCCUCUUCGUAAACAGGAUGACAAUUAGAACUUCCUGUCUGACAAAAAGAUGAAUAUAAAAGGGCAUCUUGCAGAUCAAAAAUUUCAAAUUGCAAUUAUCGAAGUUUGUGAAGUUUGCAUAGUGAAGAAGGACUUACUAGCGACCGAAGACACCAUGGUCACUUCAAUGACAACAUACGGACGAGGUACUUAUUAACUUCUUACUUUUCCAAUAAUGUUUAUAUUUUAUGCCCUACCCACCUAGUAAUUGCAGCCGGGAUAGGGACAUUCCCCUGGCAAGAACAAGAGCCGACAGUUUUCUAAGAGAAUUAUUAACCCAGUGAUACGGUUCCGUAGCCUAUGAGGCCUGACAUAGCACCGGUCGGACGCAUUUCUUACCUUUGCAUUUAAAAACAUUAUCAAAUUCCCAUGUAAUGAUUGCAACAGUUUGUAGAAAAUUUACUUACAUUUUGAAAGGUUCCGCUACAUAACACAUCUAUAUGUAAUGUGUUUGCAAAAACAUGUUACAUGAAUUAGGCCGGAUAGCUUGUAGGGAGCACAGAACAACUCUGAACUGAUUCUAAAUCGCACAUAAACUGCUCCACACCGCUCUUCGAGCAGUUUUAUUCUGCUUAUAAAUUAAGGCAGUGUGAAUGAGUGGGUGCCUUGAAAAUCGUGACUAUCAUAGGAAACUGCUCUCUUCCGGCGGUGGCGAUUGGGCGAUUAGAACACUGAAAAUAGAUUCAAAAAAGAGAUAUUCUGUUGUUUUGAUGGGUAUUUUGAAAAGUAAAUCCGAAUUUAUACGAAGUUAAAGUACAGUUAUAAAGCCGCAACUGAGGCACUAUUAGAGAACCGACCGAGUUACCUUAAGCUUAAAACUUGACAUUGAGAGCAAAUCCUCACAGUAAAACGUUCUAUUUGAUCUUAGUUGAAGCAGCUCAAGAAACAGAAAAAUCCAAUCCCCAGCAGCCGAACGAGUUUUAUAGUCUGUGCGAAGACAAGGAUCAACCAAGUCCUGGCGCUAAAGAGCCUCGCUACAAGAACAUCGUGCAUCUGUGGGAGUAUCUCCUGGAGCUACUGGCAGAAGAUAGCUGCCGCUCAUUGAUAACUUGGAGUAACAAGGAACGCGGAGAGUUUAAACUGAAAAACCCUGGCGAGGUGGCGAAGAGAUGGGGACUCCUGAAAAGAAAGAGGGGAAUGAAUUAUGAGAAAUUGAGCAGAGCCUUGAGAUAUUACUACCAACAAGGAAUAAUUAAGAAGGUGAAUUUCAUUCUUUAAAUGUUUGAACCUUUUUUCUUUCUUUUUUUGGGUAAUAUAAUGAAAUGAUGAAUAAUGAAACACUGUUCUUCAAUCGAUGAGCCUCUCAAGUGACGUAUACUCUUAAGGCUUUCCUGGUGUCAGUUAAAUCUUGAAUCUUAUUUCGUUGCUUGAGUUUGAAACAACAAAGAUCCUUCCUGAACAGAGAUUCAAUUCAAUAAAGGUUUGUUACUUCAACAUCGUGCACAAAAUGUUGAUAAUUCACACUCAAACAAUCUUUACCUUCAAUCAAGAUUAUCGACGAGGGAUCAAUACCAAAAUGAGAUACAAAACUUGAUAAUGAAACUGAAACAUUUUAGAGAUCUUUUGAUUAGUUAGAUAAAGGUUUUAAAUGGACAUCUUCCGUUUACAUAUUGGCUUGUUAUUAAUCAUUUUUUCAACUUGUUUUUAUUCAGGUCCCUGGGCAAAGGUUGGUGUACAAAUUUAACAAGCUCCCUUACAAAUAUGAACCUGGUGUGACUAGAGCCACGCGUCACGCAAGCAAGAUAAGUGCAAGUAUACACGAAGAACAAGAGCAAAGGCUAGUCACACCACCAUCUCCCACGCUAGUCACGCCACCAUCUCCCUCGAAACCCAGUACUUUCGAGGAAAAGCCUUCUUCUCCUUUCUCCCCAACCACCGUUCCCUUCGGAAAAAGUUGGUCCUGGCCAGUGGUUCACGUUCCAAGGUGCCCUUUGUGCUCUUGUCCAAGCAACAUUCCACUACUUUGCUCUACCGGAAGUGGAAGCAGUCGAAGUAGAAUUAUCUUCCCUUCAGUCAAUCAAAUCACGCCGUCGUGGCCAAUUCCUGUUAUUUUUAAGCCAAAUGAGCCACUUUCUGCUGUUUAUGAGCCCAGCUGUCCUCCUACCUGGAAAAUGUAG